GAUGAUGAACCCCGUCACGACAUCCCUUAUGAUAACCCUUCCCACACACGACCUAUCACCAAUGCCCUAUGGCUUCCAAGAAAUCCGCUAGGUCUUCUGGACCUCAAUGACACUGUUGAUGUAGGUCACUGGUUUGGUCCUGGCUCUUCUGCACCCCCCGUGUUUCAGCUCCCUAGCUCAGUGCCUGGCGAUGAACGACCGUCUAUCCUUGUGACUAGGCAAUACAGCGGCAGUGAAGAUAUUGAUCUUCCUGAAGGCAUCAAGUCCCGCAUCGUUACUAUUGAUCAAGAGGUUGAUGUGGAGUCCACAAGACCACGCCGUCCAUCCUUGUUCUCUCGAUGUCGCUCGGGUAGUAAUGUUAGCAUGAAAAGUGGCGACCGCGCAUAUCGAGGUCUUCCAGGUUGA